GCAGAGCAAAGCAAUAGAAACGAAGAGCCCCAGGAGCAAAUCAGGGCAGAAAGUGGCCUGCGAUACUCCCGUUGGGACCCAAAUGAAGCAAUCUAUCUGCAAAAGAACAGGCUCAGUGUCUCCUGCCAGCGUCUUCAUUCGAAGAAACCCAGCUUUGAUUGAAAAAUACAAGAGAGGCAUGAUGCUGCCUGCAACCCAUAUGCUAGCCUUCAGUGUUUGGCUGGUUGCACAGAGUAAGGCUACAGCAAGUGCCCCCACAGUCUCCAUCUUCCUGCAGCCACCUGGGGUGAUCCCACUGGGAGGCUCUACCACCAUCUGCUGCAGGUGUCUGUGCCAUGGUGGGAAGAUGGUGCUGUACAAGGAUGGGUAUCAGCUCCGUACCCUGGAGCUACAUGGUAACACGGCUGAGUUCUCCAUCUCUAAGGCCACCCAAAUGGAUAGAGGUCUGUACAGCUGCCAUUAUGUGGAUGGAGGCAAUGGGACUGUGCUGACUCGCAGUGACUCCAUGGAGGUCAGAGUGGAAGAGUUCUGUCUUCCCAAGCCUGUUCUCUCUGUCCAGCCGGGUCAUGAGGUGGCUGCAGGAGCUGACGUUAUGCUCCAUUGCACCAUCAGACUCUCCAAAGUUGUCUGUUUCCUAUACCUGGAGGGCCAGGCCACUGCCCUCAAAAUUUCAGUAGAACACACAGAUUUCUACCUCUCCCGGAUGGAUCACAGCAAGGGGGGCCGCUACAGCUGCCAGUGCUAUACUGAGGGAACUCCAAUCAAUUGGUCUGGAGUCAGCAAUAUGCUGGAGCUGGUGGUGAGAGAGUCGCUGCUCCCUGGCCCCUCCAUCUCUGUGACUCCUCAGGAAGGAGCCAUUCUGGGGACAUCAGCCACAGUCCACUGCAUGUGUCAGUGCCAUCAGACAGUCAUGCUGCUGUACAAGUCUGGGAACGUCAGCAUCCAGCAGAGAGCCUGGCCAGUCAGGGGCAUGGCAACAUUCAUCAUCACUCAGGUAGCCCAAGAAGAUGGGGGAGCCUAUGCCUGCCGCUAUGGGAACGAAUCUGACCCCAGCAGCCUUUCACAGCUCAGCCCCUUUGCAGAGCUGCUGGUGAGAGAUCACAAACUGGUCAGGCCCAGCCUGUCCCUGAAGCCUCUAGGCCGCGUCCAGCUGGGGACCAAUGUAACACUGUGGUGCACCAGUGGAGUCCAGAGAGCCCAGUUUUACUUCUGGAAGAACUGGGAGAUUGUAGGGGUUAUAGAGCAAGAAAGCAAUGUGGCCACCUUUGUACUACCCCAUGUGAUGGGGCACAAUGGAGGGACCUACACCUGCAGCUACCGUCCCUGGUCACAGCGGUACAUCUCAUCACAGCCCAGCAACAGCGUGUUGCUGACAGUUGUAGAUUACACCCGGAGCAACAUUGUGCGUCUGGCCCUUGGGGUGGGUGUCCUGAUCCUGCUGGGGCUGAUGGUGGCUGAGGCCAUGAACAGCCAAAGGAACACACCAGGACAGCUGCCACCCUUGGAAUGAGACAGAGCUCCCCUGUGGACCACCCAGAGGGAAAGUCAUGCUGCCAAGGCCACCUAGAUUGAAGGGCUCAGUCAGUACGUGCCCAGCACACAGAGCUCCCUGUAACUGGUGUCCUCCCACCUCAGACCAGUAAUGGGAUAUUUCUCCUUAUAUCCUUGAUGAUGAAGUAAAUAAACCAUCUCUUCCUUCA